CCACAAUCUUUGCACGUCUUUAGCUUUCUUAAGGUUAGGCUCAGUAAAUCUUUAAAGACUCAGUUUUCAGAUUCCUUAAACUUGAACUGAAAACUCUGUGUUCCAUUUUAGCUAAGUGCAGGAAAAAUUAAGCUUGACCAUGAAAGCCUUAUUUGAAGAGCAACCAUCUACUGAUCUCUCAAACUAUGCAACAAGUAGUGGUGAAUCUAAAGAUGAUCAAGAAAUGGGUUCUACUGCAAUGUCAGAAAGCGGAAGUGUCUUGAAAAACUCUCCCUUCCUUUGCUUUCCAAAUGGAAUAGAACCGAAUUUUGGACGUGGGGUUUUGGCAGAAAUGGUAGGGACUUUUAUUCUGAUGUUCUGCGUCUGUGGGAUCAUAGCAAGCACACAGCUGAUGAAAGGAGAAGUCGGUCUUUUGGAAUAUGCUAGCACAGCAGGUCUAACAGUAGUUGUUGUGAUUUUCUCUAUAGGAUCGAUUUCUGGUGCACAUGUUAACCCUGCAGUCACAAUUGCUUUUGCAAUCUUUGGUCAUUUUCCAUGGUCCAGGGUUGCUCCUUACAUAUUUGCACAAAUAAUGGGUUCUGUAAUGGCAACCUAUUCAGGCAUGUUAGUUUAUGGCAUAAAAUCAGACCUCAUGACCACUAGACCUUUACAAGGCAGUACUUCUGCCUUUUUUGUGGAGCUUAUAGCAACUUUCAUCAUUAUGUUUGUCGCUGCUUCAUUGACUCAACAAGCUCAAUCUGUGGGACAUUUGUCUGGUUUUGUUGUUGGUAUUUCAAUUGGACUUGCUGUGUUAAUCACAGGGCCAGUUUCAGGAGGAUCAAUGAACCCAGCAAGGUCAGUAGGACCUGCAAUUGUUUCAUGGAAUUUUAAAAGCAUAUGGAUUUAUAUAACUGCCCCAACUAUUGGAGCUGUGUUUGGUGCUCUAGUAUUUCGUUUCUUGAGGCUAAGACACCCACCAAUUUGUCCUGCUACCUCUCCAAACACCUGUUUACUUGGCCAGUCUUUGGCCUUCAGAUCAAGUUAGUUAAAUGCAGAAGAAAAAUGUACUUGGUGCAGCCAUUGUUAAAUGAAUCCUAACUACUAAAGUCCUAAGAAGCUUUUAAGGAUACGUUUGUAUAUAAAUACUUGUCUUGAGCAUUUUAGUCCUCCUGGUUAGGUUUAUUUUCUUUUGUAAUGUACUUUCAGAUAGACAAUAGCCGUUGAAACUCUAUGGCAAAAGCAGAACCGCACGAUUUUAGCAAGUUUAUGUACUCGAAGAGAAUUAAUUAAAAGAAAGUGUUAUUUUAA